AAGACAGAGAGAGGCAACACUUAUGAGAAAGAAGACCUGCUUUCUUGAUUUCUCUUUUUCCUUUCCCUUUCCCUUUCCCUUCUUUUUCUUACGUAGUUUAAUAAGAAAUAUCGCAUUUCAUGACGUACUCGGAUGAGCGAUUGGAGCCAUCUCCUUAUGCCAUCAUUCGGUGGUUUGGCUUUGAUAAAUUUAUUCCUGAGGCAGCGGUGACUUCACACUGGGUUUCUUCAAACGUUUUUCUUUGUAUACGCUCGAUCGUUGCGUUGUACUCAACCAUCGUCAUCUGGACAAACAUUGGAUCCUCUGCGCGAGACGGAACGAUUCAGAGCUUUUUUGCAUUUUUUACAACCCUUACAUUUAUCGGCUUGCAUGCAUAUCUUGUGACGGCGGUAUAUCAUCAUGUUAGAUACAUCUUAGCUAAGCGACAGCUUGUUUCUUUCUUUAAUCAACCAGCGGUCCUUAAUUACCUCUACUACUAUCUCUACCACACAAUUCUCGUGUUCAAUAUCAUUACUCCUGUAGUGUAUUGGGCCCUCUUGGCAGAUGUCCAAGGACAGGGCAGCAAUGCUUUGGGCGUUUGGUUGAACGUGUCUGUACACGGUGUAUCUUUCUUUAUGAUGAUGUCUGAAAUGAUAUUCUGUCGUAUCAAGAUGCAGAUGAAUAUAGUCCUGCUGAUUGUGAUCCAUGUCAUUUUGUACAUGUUUUUAAGUUUCAUCGUGCAUGCUAGUGCAGGAUUUUGGGUGUACCCUUUUCUUGACUGGGACCAAGGACCUGUUGCCGCUGGUCUUUAUAUUGGUGUGGGCGCGUGCUUUGUGGUUGUCUUUUUCCUCCAAAUGUUGUUCCAUUUAAUUCGUGAUUGGAUCGCCAAGAUAACUGGACGAGGCACCGUGGCAGUCAAGCAUGAACAGCAACGGGAGCUGGAACAGCCGGAAAUGGCUGAACGUCGGGAUAUUGAAGAGGCAUAAUUACCCUUAUAUUUACUACUCUACACUUUCUUCUAAACUGUAAUUGUAUAAGUAUUGUACCUUUUAAUAUUAGCCCUACUCAGUGCUAUGUACUGCUAGCUACAUGUGAACAUUUUAUUUUCACAUCAUAAUCCGCAUAAUGGAAUACGCAUACGAGGAAACAGCGCAACACGUAUAAACCCCUAAACGCUUUUACAUGCCUUUGAGUGCCUGUAGAUUC